CUUAUCCCGCUCCAUCUUAUUAGCCCUAGAGAUGGAGAACUCCUCUCUCACUUUACAGCAGUACCGUAAGAUUUUCUCGGCACACUGUUUUCCCUGCAGUGGAAAUUGAAGUUCCUCGAUUUUCAUAAUCAAUCAUCGUUCUUGUCAUCAGAAUCGUUGCUUUCAGCCCUUCCAUCUGAUCGAAAGUCCAUUCACACCGCUGCUUCAGAUCCUUCAACUGGUCUAGGAGGAUUGAGUAAGAAUUCCUCAACUACUUCCCUGCUAGAGGAGUUUAAAUUUAAAAAAUGGGCGAGAAUGGGAAGCGCUUUCGACCUCAAAGAGCUCAUGAUGGGGACAAUAAGAAUCAAAAGCGGCGUCUUAAUGAAAGAGAUGAAAAGGGUAAUGAUGAACUAGUUUUUUAUAGAAUUCUAUGCCCAGAUGGGGUGAUUGGAAGUGUCAUUGGUAAGAGUGGUAAAGUCAUAAACUCCAUUAGGCAAGAGACGAGAGCAAAGAUCACAGUGGUGGACCCAUUCCCUGGGGCGAAUCAUAGGGUCAUAAUAGUAUAUUGCUAUGUUAAGGGGAAAGAAGAAGUUGAGGUAGAUGAUGAAUUCAGUGACAGGGAACCUCUUUGUGCGGCUCAGGAUGCUCUUCUCAGAGUUCAUGCUGCAAUUGCAAAUGCAGUGGCAAAUAUUGGAGAUGCCAAUAAGAAACCAAAAGAUAAGGAGGAAUGUCAAAUUCUUGUCCCUUCUAGUCAGUCUGCAAAUAUCAUUGGUAAGGCUGGGGCAACCAUCAAAAAACUUAGGAGUAAGACAAGGACAAACAUUAAGGUCACUGCCAAGGACACAUCAGACCCAACACACUCAUGUGCCAUGGAGUUCGACAACUUUGUUCUGAUAUCUGGAGAAUCAGAGGCAGUGAAGAAGGCACUUUUUGCGGUUUCUGCAAUCAUGUAUAAGUUCACUCCAAGAGAAGAUAUUCCUCUAGAGACAACGGUUCCAGAAGUAGCGCCAAGCAUUAUUAUUCAUUCAGAUGUCCCAAUUUAUCCACCUGGUGGCUUAUAUCCAAAUGCGGAUCCUAUUCUCCCAUCUAGGUCAGUUCCACCAAUCUUAGGUGCAGCGCCAAUACCAGAUAUUCAGAGUUACACAGACGCAGGAAGUGCAUGGCCUGUGUAUUCAUCUGCUCUCCCUGUAGUUUCCAGUUUUAGUGGUGCAUCUCAAUUUGAGGAAUUAAUCUUAAGAGUUUUAUGUCCCUUCAAUAAGAUUGGGCGUGUCAUUGGUAAAGGAGGAGGUACCAUUAAAAGCAUAAGGCAGGCAAGUGGUGCCCGUAUUGAGGUUGAUGAUACUAAGGCUGAUUCUGAUGAGUGUAUCAUCACUGUAACUGCAACAGAGCAGUCACCUGAUGAUUUGAAGUCUAUGGCUGUUGAAGCUGUUUUGCUGCUACUAGGGAAGAUUAAUGAUGAAGAUGAAGAGACUGCUUCAAUGCGACUUCUAGUUCCAUCAAAAGUUAUUGGAUGUAUCAUAGGAAAAAGUGGUUCAAUUAUAAAUGAAAUUCGGAAAAGGACAAAAGCUGAUGUUCGUAUUUCAAAAGGGGAGAAGCCUAAGUGUGCCGAUGCUAGUGAUGAGCUUGUUGAGGUGGUUGGAGAAGUUGCUACUGUGAGAGAUGCGCUUAUACAAAUUGUUUUGAGGCUUCGGGAUGAUGUUCUGAAAGAUAAGGAUGGUGGUCGGAACACUGCUGUUGGAGCUGAUUCUCUGUACUCAGGUGGCAAUGGUCUUUCAGUGUCCUCCUUAUUACCUUCUGUUCCUCCAGUUGCUCCUCUCGGUUAUGAUCAAAGGGCAGAAACUGCUAGUGGCUUAGGCAUGUUUUCCUCAAGCAGCCUUUAUGGAUAUGGAAGUUUGCCGAUGGGAGAAACUGGAUAUGGAUCUACAAUGUCAUAUUCAUCCAAGUUGUAUGGAGGAUUAUCUCCAUCAACUCUUGAAAUUUUGGUUCCUGCAAGUGCAGUGGGCAAGGUUAUGGGAAAAGGAGGAUCCAAUUUGGCCAACAUUCGGAAGAUAUCAGGAGCAAUGGUUGAAAUGUCUGAGUCCAAAUCUUCUCGGGGUGAUCGUAUUGCCCUUAUAUCUGGCACACCUGAUCAGAAGCGUGCUGCUGAAAACUUGAUUCAGGCAUUUAUUAUGGCCACUUGACAUUUGAGGGUACUUCUUGAUAUUUGAAGAUGAAUAGUUAAAGGUCUUCAAAAUCCUCUCGCAUUAUGCUCCAUAGUUCCUAUAGGUUCAUUUCUGGAGAGAUCCUCAAAUCCUAGGAUUUCUUCAACUGGGCCUCUCAUGUUUCUUCCAUAACAGUGCAUACCAAGGUUAUCGGGGAAGAUAUACUACUGUUUUAACGUACAUGUGACUUAGGUUCCGUCUCUGUUGCUUAAGUUGUUCGAUGUUCGGGCUAUCUUAGAAGUAUUUAGGAUCUUUUCCUUACAGUACUCUGCUCAGUAUUGAGUCAAAUCUUAUUUCUAAAAUUGUUACUCUAAAUUGAUAUUUGCGCUAGGAUUUUUCUCUCAAUCAUGAUUGUCAACUCAUUAUAUUUGCGUUUUAUUUUCUGGCCACUCUCAUUUGCUCUCAGCUGCUUGACCGACAGAUUUUUCUGAUGAUGCUAAGUUUAACGUGAUUAAUUAUAUUCCUUCUUCUUAGUUUGAAUAGUCACGUGGUUUUGUAUAAGCUAUAGUCAGCUCCGCAGAGCAUUGAUAUUCUCCACUCUUUUUCUCAUGAUUCAUAUUCUUGUCUCAUGUUCCUGUGUUUGUGACUAUAUCAGUGAAAAAGGUAACUCAUGACGUAGUAUUUUAUCUCAAAUUCCUUCCUCAUUCUGUCUUCUCUUAGUAUGUUCAUGAAGAUUUCUUCUUUUCUUAUAAAAAUGCUCAUGAAGAUUUGCUUCUCAUUCCAUGUUUAAUAGAAAAUUUAGUUGAUGCUGCCUUUGAAAUCAGUCAUGCUAGUUUUAAGAAUGGCCUCUAUAUAUUCUUUAAUUUCUUUUCCCGAGUUAUAUUUUAAGAUGACCUUCCAGGAGGUUUCUAUAGAGCAGAAUGCUUAGGAUUUCAUUUUAUGCCUCUCUAUUCUCAGUCAGUUAAAGUUACUGGGGAGGUACUGCUGCCUCACCAAGCUUGGUCUAAAGGAUUCUGAACCUGAUUAGUUAACAGACAAAAAAAGUUGAGCAGAUCCACAAUUCAUUUGUGGGCUCUGAAAUGAUAUAUUCUGUAAAAGAGUCGUUCACAUAAAUUGUUUUGAAUGAGUAAAUCAAUCAUUUGUCCUUGGGGAUCUAGCAUUUAUACUUCCAUACCUACUGAUUAAUGCACUUGAGAUGUAUUUUCCCAAUCUCCUGACAAAGACGUUAUAUGGACUGGAUUGAAGGGUUAGUCAUCGAGAAUUAGGAUUUGUUUCUUGCUGCAAUAUUCACUUGCAGCAUACUAUAUCUCAAUGGAUUGCGGUACUCUACUGCAUUUACUUUCUGUAAUGAUGGUGUUUGCCCAAAAUAAAACUUUGGUUAGCAUCUUGAACCGGUCAUCCUUUAUAAGGUAUGACUGAAAGAUCAUCAAUUGACAUGACUGGUUUUCCGAGCCUAAUCACAUUGAUACAGUUUUUAAUUUGUUCAGAAGAUUAUGUUCCUUUUGAGAUUAGCAGCCAGUGGUUUCAUUUUGUUGAAUUUGUGACUCAAGUAUACUGUGGAUCUCAAUCAUACCAUUAUCAUAUUUGGAAUAUUUUGUACAUUUAGACCCUUGUUUUCAAGUAAAUUUUAGUUUCCAUUAGACCCUUUUUUUGGGUGUAAAAUUUUAUUUUACCUGUGAGAGUUUCUUUUUUUCUUUGAUUACAAGAAGAUUUUUUUCCCUGAGAAAAUCUUCUCUCCAUCCUCAUGUUUCGUCGCUAAACAAAGCUGCAGCUGCAGAACAAUUUUUUGUGUCUUUCAGUGUUUCCUUGCAAAUUUUAGAUAAUCAGAUUAUCAAUUUGCAUCUUGUUGACGUUACACCAGUGCCUGUCUAUCUUCCUCCCUGAGGAAACCUCAUCUGGAAUGUAAAGUGGCUCAUAAUUGAUCCGAUUCUGUGUUUGAACCCUGGUUUGGAGUUCAGAUAAAUAAAAACUGCAGUGGUAACAGCAUUGUCUGCCCUUUAAUUAUCAGAUCAACAGUUAGAAAGCGAAUGACCUUCUGCCCCUCCAUUUGUUUUGUUCCACAGAGCCUCUUAGACUGAUUGCAAUACUUGCAUGAAAACAUGUUAUUCCAACUUCAAGACCUUUUAGGUCGGUGUUGUUUGUAACUUCGGGGUACACAUUCUUUUUAGCUUUUUUAGGUUGAAUGCUAUUUAUACUGCUUUUCUGUUCUGAACUUUAUUUUCAAACAAAGACUAGUUGAAAUAAGGACGGAAAUUUCCUAAGGCAGAUCAUCCAAAUGUGCUUGCUGCCAAAGUGCUCUUCUGUUUAGAGCUGUGAGUAGGUUCACUCUUUGCGAUUCUUCUCUCCGUCUGUUCUGGUUUCAUUUCCCUCCCUCUAUCUGGCUUUGCACUGUAGCUGGCAGUCAUUCUGAAUUGACUACUCAUCCCCGUUCUUGCUUUAGUCAGUUCAACAAAUAGGUGUUUCUACACUUAGAUAAGUUCAUAUUAGGCAGGGGGUUGGUUAGUUUUUGUUUGUGGCUCAUAUUCUUCAGAUUUUUAGUUGUUAAUGCUGGGGCUCGUUGGUGAUGAUUCACUCGGUAUAUUUGCAGGGAGUAGCCUUUCUUUUUUUCCCUCUUGGUUGUAUGCAUAUACAUACAUAUAUAUAUAUAGAGAGAGAGAGAGAACUAGAGUAGGUAGGUAAAACUUGAGAAUACCUUAUGUUUGAUUGAUAUGUAAAAAGUUUGCCUUGAUGAUGUUGAAUUUGGAUUUGUCAACUAGUGGUUGAUGUAACAGUAAGAACACCUUCUCCC